AAUUGCUUUGGGGCUCAGUUUGAUGAGCUCUUUGAUUAAUCUUUCGAAUGCAUGUAAACCAAAUUGCAAAAGAAUGAAAAUCUAAAUCAACAAUUAACUUCUCUCUAGGGUUAGUCAUGUUCACCAUGAAUAUUAUUAUUAUUUCAUUUCCAUUCAUAAAGUUGUCGCUUUAAUGAUUUUGAUAGACAGAAAAUGGCGAAAGAGGGACAAUUAAAAUGAGAGAAUAGAAAAGCGUGACAGAAAAGUAGACAGAGAAAAAGAAAGGAAGUGAGGGUGGAAAGAAAGAGAAAAAGAAAGUAUUAUGAUGAUGAUGAUGAUGAUCUUUAUUUAGGACAAGCGCGACAUUAGAUGAAAGAAAAUAUUAAAACGUAAACACGAAAGUUGAAAAGAGGAGAAACAUUGAAGAGGUCAUUUGAUUGUGGUGAAAUUGUCGCAACAUUUUAGCGAGUUAAAGUGUCGUCAUGUCAUUUCCGUGGAAUAAUUCAGUCAACAUUCAUCGACCAAUGGAAUUAUCAUCGCAACCGAUUGAAUCAUGUUGAUUUUAAGUAAAUUGUUUGCAAAUUGUUAUCUUUUUUCUUGAGAAUAAGUUUUUUCACACUUCAUUAUAAAAUCAUUAAAUUUGUGUUUUUACUUUCGCUUUGAUUGUUGAUUUUUUUUCAUCAGACUAAAUUGUUAUUGAAGUUAAUUAAUCCAAAAUGGUGAAAGGAUUUACUAAUUCAUUGAUACAAUGUGUCCUAUUCACAUUCAACUUUAUUUUUCUGUGUUUCGGAGCCAUAAUCGCAGGCCUUGGUGGUUAUUUCCUAAUCAAAUCAAUGGAUUUCAAACAAAUAAUAGACACUCCGGAUACCGGAGCCAUGAUUGUUGUGUUUACUGGAAUCGCUGUUUUCGCAAUUAGCUUCUUGGGCUGUUUUGGUUCAGUUAAGGAAAACUCAUGUUUACUUAAAAUGUAUUGUUUUUCCGUUGGUAUAUUAGCAAUAUUAAUCAUUGGACCGGUGAUUAUCUUCAUGGUUUACAGUGUUAAGCUUGAUGAGAUCAUGGAGAAACAAUUGUUGACUGCAUUUACUGAAUAUCGAAUAAAUGAUCCGAAGAAAAAUUCAAUUUCGGCUGCGAUUGAUACUCUUCAUCAAACAUCGAAAUGCUGUGGGUACAAUGGUCCCGCUUGGUGGGCCGCUAAUCUACCAGAAUUUGAAGAUAAUACUGUCCCUGCUUCUUGUUGUUCCAGUUCGCUUUCGAUAAGUAUAUUGAAUCGACCUCAAAAUAAGUGUCCAAUCGAUAAAGUUAAAUUUACUCAAGGAUGUGAGGGGGAAUUGAGAACCAUUUUGAAAUUGUUCUUCAACACGAUGAUAACGGUUCUACUUGUGAUCGGACUGACACUUUUAAUUGCUGCCUCAAUAGCUUGUAUCUUAGCUCGAGCUGCUAAAGUUCAAUAAAAAAUUUGUCCAGUUUAAGUUUAUCACCAAUAA